UUAGCACACUUGAUUUCUGUCCUCGUGAAAGCACAAACAACACAGCCGCCAUAUUGAUUCGAUCGUUUUUCUCCGCGGAAUGCUAGGUUCGAAGUGAUCGCUAUGAGAACGAUCGAUCGCGAGCUUAGAGUGAUCGUUGUGUUUCUGUUGAAUACCAAAACAGCAAAAUCAAUAGCAACUGAUGACGUGUGACGACUAACGAUCACUAAAUGUUUCAUUUGAAUGAAGCCUUAAGUCUACAUUCUGAUUUCUAUAUUCCUUUUCAUUAAAUUUCCAUUACUUUUUAGAAUCUGUUAAUCAUCAUGGGUUUCAACCAAAACAGAGCUCUUUUCAAGAGUCUUCUCUUGAAAAGCACAGUAGUCCAUAGGUGAAAUGUCAGAACUUCACAGGAAUUCAUUGAAAAGGCUGAUGAUGGUACUGAAGUUUCAAAAGCAGAAUUGAGUGAACAGAGUAGUGUGGAUGUUUCAGUUGCUCAGUGUGAGCAUUCUCCAACAAGCAUCAAAUUGAAUGGAAAUUCACAACAGAGUGAAUCUGAUUUGUGCAUGGAUGCAGAAGAUGAAAUAAAGGUUUUAGAAGAACCAGAGAAAAUGCUGCAAUACAAUAUUACUGUUUCAACUCUUAACUCAGGAUAUAAUGUUGAAAUAAGUUCCCAGUGUAAUGUAAAUGGAAUUUCAUAUCGUUGUGAGUCUGACUCUUGGACUGAAGAUGAAAGCUCUUCGAGUGAUGAUUCUUCAUCAGAUUCCUCUGAUUCUUUUUUUGACAGACUGCAUGAAAAUCAAAUGCCUACAAAAAUACCAAAUAUAAAGACGAAAGGGGAACUCGAUUUGGAUGACUUACCACCAAUUGAAGAUUUGCAGAUAUCUGUGUCAGAAAAGGAAAUGAAGAAGAUUGGUGUUGUUCAUGCUGUAGUUGAUAAAUUAGUUGUAAUUAAAGCCAUAAAGGAUAUGCAGCCAUUAGAUUUAGAUUCUGUGUUGUUUGUUUCAGCAGGAAAACCUCUAGGUCGAGUCUUUGAUGUUUUUGGACAAGUAGUUGAUCCAUUUUAUUGUGUCAGGUUUAACACGAGUGAAGACAUAAAAGAUAAAGGAAUUUCUAUUGAUGAUGAUGUAUUUUUUGCCCCAGAGAAAACAGAUAUAACAUCAUAUGUAUUUGUUGAGCAGCUGAAAAACCAAAAAGGGUCAGAUGCAUCUUGGAAAGACAAUAAUGAGCCACCUCCAGAGCACAUUGAUUAUUCUGACGAUGAACAAGAAAAUGCGGCUAAGAAAAAAAGAAGGGCCAAAGGUAGAGAUCGCGGAAGUGAUGAAAUUUUUGUUCUGCCUCGUAAAAUUCCUGCAAUGGGAAGAGACAGCCCAGUAUUCAUUCCUCCCCCUUAUCAAUCUGCUGGCAUACGAAACAAUGUUUUCUCCAGACAUUCCAAUACAAUGCCUUUUCAUUCAAAUAUGCAGCCAAACUCAUCUUUUGUUUCUGUCUCCAGGCCCCCAUCACAAUCGUUUUUAUCAUCCCCAAAUUUUACUUCUAUGCCGCCUAAUUAUCACAGUAUUCCUUCUCCAUGUUUCAGCCCAAGAUUUUCACCUAGUUUGGGCUCAAGAUUUUCACCUAGUUUGAGCUCAAGAUUUUCACCUAGUUUAAGCCCAAGAUUUUCACCUAGUUUAAGCCCAAGAUUUUCACCUAGUUUAAGUCCAAGAUUUUCACAUAGUUUCAGCCCUGCACCUACAGCACAGAAUUCAUUUCAAGUGCAUUCGCCACUGCCAUCACCAACACCAUUUCAUCUACAACAACAUAUCGUAUCAUAUCAGUCACAAAAUGCUUUACAUCCUCCACUGCAACCCAAUUAUCAGCCUCCUCGGUUUGGCCAGUUCUCUGGAUUAGCGUCACCCUCUCCAGCACUGCAGUCUCCAAUAUCCUACAACUCUCAUGUAUUGAGACCUGCUUCACAUUUGCCUGGUAUGAGUCCUUGCACUAAUUAUUUUGCUCCAGAUAUAAGUUCACCCCCACCUCCCUUGUCUGGACCAAUGCCAUUGAAUUCACAGUGGUUUCAGAACCAGUCCGUAAGGAUACCAAAUUCACAUAAUGUACCUCCUAAUACACCUUUAAGCAUUCAGAUACCUCCACAAUUGGCAAGUCCACCUCCUCCAUUACUGGCAAUUUCAUUUCCGUCAGGUCAACCUGUUAAUAAUAUAGCACAGCAAAGGUUCCGUGCACCUCACUUACCACCUAAUUUUCAGUGACACUGAACUUUAAGAAUUUCCUGUAUGUAUGUAAAUACUUUUUAUUUAUUUAUUUUUUUUUCAGCAUGUAAGAAGAAAUGUUGUUGUUUAUUCUUUCAUUGUAAGCAGUGAAAAAUGUUUGUUUUUAUGAAAGACUGAAUAAAUGGUGAUUUAUGUAAAUAU